AUGGGCCUCCCGGAUCUGGACCAGGUGGUGGGCGGAGCUCAGAGCCUCCAGGCUGAUGUCAGUGAGUUUCGCAGCAUUCGCCCCAGCAUCUCGUUCUCAGCUGCAGAUGGCUCGGUCCUCGGCCUCGGUGCUAUUCACACAGCACCUGAGAUAGAGAGGGGACGGAGGAGAGGGACAGGGUCACCCCCAUACAGUCCUGAGUCCCCAAGGGGCCAGAAGAGAGGGACGGGGCCAACUCAGGAGGAGCAGAGGAGAGGGACAGGGCCCAACCAGGAGGAUCAGAGGAGAGAAGUUGUGCCUCUCCACCACACUGUCCCGGGACACUCCAAAGAUUCACUGACCUUUGAGUACCUGCCUUUGCAUGCGGCUAUGUCGCCACAUUUGGAGAAAGUGGUUCAUUUUAGUGCAUCUCUCGGGACCAGUCACUCAGUCACUGUCAAGUUUACCAACUUUUCCCGCACCAGGACCGAAUACUCUUGCAAGACCGAUUGUCCAGAUUUCCUUGUUGACAAGAAGGUGACUGACGCGGUGGGGUUGCAGUCAGGCUCCGAGACCAGUGUUGAUGUGUGUUUUGAGCCUCACCAGCUGGGAGAGGUGAAAACCCAACUGACACUACACUCUCCUGCUGGAGGUGAAUACAUAUUUCCACUACAUGGAGUGUGUGACGACCCCAAACCACAGGGACCGUUCUACAUGGCUGCAGGACAAAUUGUACAUAUUCCCUUCAAAAAUGUGUUUUUGCAAAACACUAUAUUUACUUAUAAGGUGAAUAACCCAUCAUUUACAGUGAAAGGACCAGAGACAAUAAGAUCCAAAAGUACAGAGAAUGUCCUGGUGUCCUUUGAGUCUCCACCAGAAGGUGGUUCUGGGCCAUGGUUUGGCAGGUUGACCAUCUCAAGUGAGCCCUCCAAUGUCCACGCCAAGUCCUGCUCUUGGACAUUCUACCUGAACGGAUACAGACCAGUCCUUCCUUAG